AUGAAGCGAGUGGCCGUGGUCUCUGUGCCUGCGGUGCUCAGUGCCUUGGGCUUCACCGGUGCCGGGAUCAUGGCCUCCUCCAUUGCUGCCAAAAUGAUGUUGGCUGCUGCUGUUGCCAAUGGGGGGUGGGGUGGGCCGAGUUGCGGCAGGCAACCUGGGGCCACUCUGCAGUCAGUGGGGACCGCUGGACUCUCCACAUCCUCCAACAUCCUCCUGGGCACUGCUGGGUCAGCUGUGGGGGCCUACAUGGGACAUUCAAAAAAGAAGCCCUCGCCCCCAUGGAAGGAGACGAGGCAGGGGAUCUGA